AUGACUCCCAAAUACCGUGUUCUCGCCUCUCCUCCUCGAAUUGGCUCUCGAGCGAAGGAGUUUUCACGGUGCACACACGCAUAUGAUAAAUUUGCACAGGCGCAAGAAAGUCAACAAGAGCCCAAGGAUGAUUCUUCUGAUAGUUCGAUUGAAAUUAUCGAUGUGGUAUUCGCGCCGAAGAAAAAAGAAGAUACAAAAGCCUAUAGUUCAAGGCCCAUACAUCCGUUUUUCCUGAAAAACAAUCCCCGUGAAGCUGCCACUAAGACUCACAAGGAUUUCGCUGGACAACAUACAAAAACUACCAGUACAAAGCAAAGGGAGGGCGCGGGCGCAGCGGCUGUCACCUCAAAGAAGAGGGAAUUCAAGAAUGCUGCAGCCACCAACACCGACGAUCCAUAUAAUGCUUGCUCCCCUGGGGACGAUUUAUUCUUACCGCUAUAUGCAGACAAAACUGAAAAUCUAGAAAGCUUCUCGCGACCAAUCUCUACUUCACUCACAGGAGACCCAACUGAUAAUACAAGCAGCGAACAGAGUCCCACUGGUGGAACUGACCUCCCGACAAUACCUCCACGCAAAGUAAAGAAAAAUCCUGCGACAAAGCUGUCAAAUUUGAAGAAUACCCCUGCUUCGGAUAUCAUAGGCGAAAAAUCUCCAAAGACAUAUAUACCUCAAGACUCCUCCAAUGAACAUAUUAAAAGUAUUCUUCCGUUAUAUUCGUACUUGGAUUAUUCGCCAAAAGCUUCAGCUGUAUACAUCAAAAAUGAGGAACAAGCUAACGAACUAGUGAAGACAUUAGAAGGUCCUUUGGGGUUUGACCUGGAAUGGAGAGUCAUGUGGUCUGCGGGAGCAGCUGAAAGGCGCACUGCCGCUAUGAAAAGGUUUCCGCAAGGAGUACUUGAUAUUAUUGAAUCCCCCAGUGUAGUCAAAACGGGAGCCAACAUUCUCAAUGAUGGCGAGAAGUUAUUCCGCGAUUUCGGCAUACACGCGCGUAAUUUGGUGGAACUUGGUUCGCUCGCUCGACAGGCUGAUCCACGCUUUGUGACCGUGUACAAUCGGCAGAUAGUUAGCCUAGCGAAGAUGGUGGCAAUGUAUCUCCAUAAAACACUCAAGAAGGGUAAAGAACGCACCGCAAACUGGGAAGGUGUUCUGAAUAGCAAGAUGAUCGAGUAUGCUGCGAGCGAUGCACAUUGUGCAUUGAUGGUCCACGAGAGACUAAUCCAUAUCGCUGCGAAGGCAGGAAGAGCUUUGGACCCAUCUGCAUCCACCAGUGUAGUUAACACCGAUCGAAGCUCAAAGUUGAACCAAACUUCUCGGACAAUAUCUAAUUCUAGUCAAGGCUCCGGAUCGACGCAAUUUUCACGGACCAGCUUUGCUGUUGCAUACAAUGAACCACCCAGGCCCCAACACUUACGCGCAUUUAACUUGUGGCAUCACAGAAAGAUGCCUUUGAAAGAAAUGUGCAUGACAUUGAAAAGUAAAGAUAGAGCCGAGCCAUUAAAAGAGAGCACAGUAAUAUCGUAUGUUAUCGGUGCCUUGCAAGCAGACACUUCGCUACCAUUCAAUAUGGAUAAGUUAAAAGAACUAGUACGGAUGGAAUCAAGUAGCUGGCAGCGGCACAGACAGUGGAUCCUGGAAAAUGGAAGCCGUUCAUAA